GAGAGACCAUUCUCGAUCCCACAAGACUCCUUACAUCAUGGAUCUCGACUCGAAAGGACCGAAAUCUUUACAAACUACCCCUCCAUUGAGUAUCAAGCAUUGAUAUCAUCAUGUGCUUAGCCAAUCGUCCUCUUUUUAUAUGGAGUGUUUCGGAGCUUUUGGUCCCUUUUCUGAUCGAGAAAUGCAUAGUGAUCGCCGAAUAGCUUUUGGAGAAGGUACAUCAUACUGUUGAGGAGUAUAAGAAAAGAUGAAGUUCUGCGUAAAUUGGUUAAGAAUUCUUUUUCCAUAGACAAUUAUCCUUUAAUCACUGUGAAUACCAUCAAUUUCAACACUCAAACUCGCUCCGUCAAACCCUUCCAUCCCAUCUAAACCAUUCAAACGAUCAAACAUGUCUGCAAGCAAGGGUCAUUUCGAACAGGGUCAUCAACCUCCCGUAUCCCACCAAUCAUCUGCGCCAGGUAAACAAACCGAAUUGCCAAAAGAAGCCAUCAACGACCAACUCCCCACCGACGAUGGAGGCUACCAACCAUAUCUCGCCGCCGGUAAGCUAAAGGGCAAGAAAGCCUUCAUCACCGGUGGAGAUAGUGGAAUUGGUCGUGCCGUCGCCAUCUUAUAUGCUAUGGAAGGAGCAGAAAGUUCCAUCAUCUACGUACCCGAAGAAGAAAAAGAUGCACAAGAAACCAAGAAACUGGUGGAGGCAAAAGGAGGAAAGGUCCAUUUGUUCUCUGCAGAUUUGAAGAGCCAUCAAGCUUGUAAAAAUGUAGUCGAGAAAGCUAAGGAGGCCAUGGGAAGAAUUAACAUCUUGGUCCUGAAUCACGGUACUCAAAUGAUGGUGGAGACUAUUGAUGAGUUAUCCGAAGAUCAAUGGAUCAACACUUUUGAUGUGAACAUCCAUCCAUUCUUCUUCCUUUCCAAAUACGUUCUCCCACAAAUGUCCCGCGGUGACACAAUCAUCACCUGUGCUUCUGUAAAUCCAUACGUCGGUCGUCCAGAUCUUCUCGACUAUACCUCCACCAAAGGUGCCAUCGUAGCCUUCACCCGCGCUCUUUCCAACCAACAAAUCAGCAAGGGGAUCCGCGUCAACGCCGUUUGCCCCGGUCCCAUCUGGACCCCUCUUAUCCCCGCAACCAUGAACGAGAAAGCGCAAAAAGAAUUCACAUCUCCCAUGGGUCGCCCCGGUCAACCAUCAGAAUGCGCCACUUGUUUCGUAUUCUUGGCGAGUGCGGAUAGUAGUUUCAUUAGUGGACAGAGUCUGCAUCCUAAUGGAGGUGUGCAGGUUGGUUCUUAGAGGAAUGGGAAAUGCUUAUGUAUGGUUAAUGAGGGGUAAUGAUAUUAAUAUAAUGAAAUAUUACUUCCAUGAAUACCUAUCUAAUCACCUAAUGAACAAAUCGCUGCGAAAAAUAUAUUAUCUUUAUCGCACCAUCCUCAAGAUAUCUAAUCCAUAAGCAAGUUACCCAUCUCGUUUGCAAUAUCUUUGUUUUCGGUAAAAAAAAAAAUCCAUUUCAACCCACAUCAGGGGGGGACCGAUUAUCGACGCGCCGAAUGAACAACCUUCCACCUCUGUUUACAAAUUCCAAGUUCUCAACUUCGUCUUCAUUCUCAACGGCGAUAUAGCGUGUAAAGAAUUUCAAAUGGUGUUUAUAUCCAAAGACUGUAUACUGCGUAUCUUACCUUACAUAUUACCACGGAAGCUUGUCGAAGUAAUUUGUUAUGUAAUUUACACGAUUUUACUAUUC